AAGUGGAAAUGAUGCGAAUUUGACAUCAAAUGCACGCACUGAUGCACGGAACUAUUUCCAUAAAAACGAGGAGUUACAGGUUUCGUCUUGUUACGUACUUUUUCCUAUCUCCUCUGCCGUCUGAUAGCGAUGGUGCUAAAGGGCAAGGUCUGCACGAAAAUUGUUGUCCGUAGGUAGUAGGAGUGAGUUGCCUGUCAGAAGAUUGAAUACCAGGAGGAUCGAAUUUAAGAAGCAGAUCAAAGGACGUGGUCAAUUGCAUGUAUUGCAUCAGAAUUUAACGAGCGAUUCUAUGGCAGUUGGUACUGAUUGCCGUACGAGGCCAGCUGAAUUGAAUUGGAUGGGAUUGAACUGGAAUGAAUUGAACUCGGUCGGUGUCAGCUUUGGUGGAAGAACUGUCAUCACUGAUUCCUGUCGAAUGUAUCACCAUGGAUUGCGUUGGAUGCACAGUUGAGGCACCCGGCACGGAUCAGUCGCAGCGAGGUGAGUCGGAAGGAGUGGUCGAACUGGAGCCACAGCCACAGCGCCCGAGUGAGUCCUCGAGCAGCAGCAGCAGCAGCAACAACAACGACAACAGGAACAACCAGCUUUCCAUCGUUGCGCUGCCGACGCCAGAGCCUGAGCUCGACAUGAAUAGCUCACACAGCAAUGAUCAGAGAGGCGGUGAAGCAUCGGUGGCCGGAAGGCCACCGGACUCCUUGGCGAUUGCGAACAUCAACCCUCAGCCGCCUCCGAACACAACAUUGUCCAUGUCGAUGGCAUUCCCAGGACUAGCUGCAGCAAAUCUAGGAGGAGGAGGAGGAGGGGGAGGAGGAAAUAAUGGAGAUCAAGGCACAAUGACGACCCAAGGUCCUCCACCGCCUCGCUGCCAAAUUAUGAACCCUUUCAUGCAGACUCCUCCGCUGGCUCCCAUGGACGGCAGGUUGCAGCAGCAGGCAGCAGGGUCGAGCUUGCCCAUGGGGCAGAUCGGGCACUUGGUGCAGGAUAACGCAGUCCCUGGCGCAUUCGGUCAAGAUCUGCGCCACCAUCGGGGCUACCCAAAUGUUCUGACUCUCCCUCCCUCGUUCCAGGUGCACCCCAACCUACAGAGUCAGAUUCAAGCCUUUCAGCAGGACAUGAACCAGCACGCUCGCAUGACGCAGCCUCCAGGAUUUUUGCAGGGGUUUAUCCCCACCGAUGUCAAUGUUGCAGCCGUCGUUCAGCAGCAGCAGCAGCAACAACAACAGCAGCAGCAGCAGCAGGCUGAGACCAACACCAGAGCAUCGCAUCUUUUGCAGCCGCAUGUGAGGCAGCGAGCACGUCGACGGUCACGGGCAAACAGAGCAAUUCAGCAUCACUCUCACCAUCACCACCAGCAGCAGCAUCACGAGAGUACAGAUCCCGAGGGCGGCACACUCGGCCUCCGAUCGAGAUCAUUGUCCGAGGUUCCCACAGCUCGGAUCUCAGUCGUAGAAGCAGGAGGAGGAGGAGGAGGGGGAGGGUUUGGUGACUCGAGUGUUGCUCCAGCUGGAAUUGCAGCAGCCAGGCUCGAUGACUCAAAGCUUAAGGGGCUGGAAGAAAAUUACAGUAGCAUAGGUGAAAAUUUUGAGUGCAACAUUUGUUUUCAGAAGGCAAAUGAAGCCGUAGUUACAUGCUGUGGGCAUUUGUUUUGCUGGCCCUGUCUGUACCGAUGGUUGCACAUUCACUCGUACCACAAAGAGUGCCCAGUUUGCAAAGGAGCAAUCGAUGAAAACUCCAUCACUCCCAUCUAUGGACGCGAGUGCAGCGCCUUGAUUUCAGCCCGAGGCGGAUUGCCUGGCGGCUCAGCAGCUGACAGAGUCCCACCUCGACCUCCAGCUCGCAGGGUCGAGAGCGCCAGGCAGCUGCGAGAACGAGAGGACAGGGGUCGUGAGAGGGAGCAAAGGGAGAGAGCUUUGGCACGAGAGCAAGAGCGAGACCAGCAGGACGCCAGAGGACUGUCGGAUCUGCAGGUUCUCGGGUCAGGCACCACUCUGCACAUUGAAGAAGCUACCCCGAUCGCCAUGAUGAGCGACGGAGCAAACGAUCAGGCGGGCCAGCCCACCGCAGCUCCAGGGGGUGAGAUCACCAGCCAUGACACUAGUGGCAAUUCCAAUCUGGAGGAGAUAGAUCAAUCCGAAGGACUACCGCAGGAUAAUGGUGGCUCCGGCGGCGGAGGAGGAGGAGGCAAUGGCACCUACUCACACGCAACUGCACCAUCCGGGGUGAACAACAUUUCGUCAGGUACGCAUCAGGAUCCUCGCAGCGGAGGUGGAAAUGGUGCCAGCAACAACGGGACGGCUUUUCUCCAGCGUCGGAUGUCUGAGAGGAGGGAGCAGCUGCGGGCGGCCCUGGAAGCAUCAGCUCGAAAUGGCAUGAAUUCGGCCUCGAUCUCCAGUCUGACCGAGAGGGUGGAUGAGCGUCGGCAGAUGAUAGCUGCAGCUGCAUUGCUGUCGCAGGACUGGGAGGACAUUGUGAAUAUUAGUCGGAUGGUAGGUCCUGUGAAUCCCGUGCAGGCUGCAGCUUGGAUGAAUGCAGUGCAAGGGCGAAUUGGGGGAACGGACGGAACCACAACGACCGAUAGCUUGGGCGGAGGAGAUUUCACCAGCAACAGUUCCGGGGGAGCAGGAAAUCAUGCACCGCUUCGAACGUCCAGACCACAGCACCACUUGACUCAGAUGUUACCCAUGGGCUUGGAUGUUGGGAUUUCUGGUUCAGCAGCAGCAGGAGGAGGAGGAGUAGAAGACUCGAGCCUCAGCCGGCUCAUCACCGUGAACCCAAUUCAGGCUGGAGACUGGGUGGCAGCCAUGCGCUCUCGUCUGUCAGGCGGGGAGAAGACAGUGGAUUUAGAGAGCACUCGUCUUCAGGUUUUUCAGCAGCCAGCGCCAGGAGGAGGAGUAGGAGGACUGUUGCAGAUGAAUCACUUGCUUCCUGCACAGUCGUCUUCUUUGCAUACUGAAAAUUUGAUUCUAGAAACUGUCAAUCCCAGCAUCUUAGCAAACUCAGACGCAGGAUCCGCACUCGGUCACCGUCUUGUGGAAGAGGUCUGUCCUGCUGUCCAAGCUCCGAGAGCUUGUCCAUCCCUGAUGGUGGAACCACCGAGCUCCAGAAGAUUAGAAGAACAAACGGUAGCUGCAGUAGUGCAGCCGCAACCGGAGCCCAGCACAGGUGCAGCAAGUGGUGGUGGUGGUGCUACGCCCCAGAGCAGCCAUAACAGUAGAACGACAACAACACAGGCAGAUCUAAGACUGCAUUACCGCGAGGCCCCAUUAUCGAGGCCCAGUUCCAGUAGGAGAAGAUCCUCCAGGAUGGAAGAUGUGACCAGCACUUCCGAGGCGACACCCAUCGAAGGAUCUGGGUGUACAGGAGGAUCAGGACAGGAAACCAUGCGCAGUAGGUCCAAACGGAGGCGAUUGGAUUGAAAGAUUCUUCUCUCCCGCAAGUUUUUAUUUUUCACAAAGCUCCUUGUCCAUCAAUCUAUCCUAUUCGAGGAUGAAUGAAUGACCUUUUCUAGGGAAUGGUGCUCAGCUUCUUCUGCCCUCGUCGAUGGAAGAUCCACGGGUCAUCUAAAUGGAAUUAUUUGUCAGAUCUUCCAAGCUGACUGAGCAGCAUCCUUGCCUCGAGUGUGUUGAGUCACCACUCGAUCGAGAUUGACAGAGAGGAUGAAGACGUGUACACAUUUGUGGGCUGACCCUGUUCCCAGCUCUCAAGGUUUCGAACCCAGUCUUUUGCGCCAAGGCUCGAGUGUCCAGCGUUCGCUUGACUUGUCACGAUUGCUAAUGAGCAGGUUCUCAAACUGGUUCCUUAAGUCUUCAAGAGUAAGAUCCUGGACUCUGUGCAACAAGAGACUGAGACCUGCGUAACUUAGCGUAGCCCUCGUACUUCCUACCCAGAAUUGGUAUGAGGUAAAAACAUUUUUCCCUCUGAUGCUGCUGACGAUUGAAAACCAUCAGCAUCAUAGCCGACCUUACCUUUUAGAUAAUGAUUCACCCGUUGAUUGAGCAUCAACCCGAACUCUUGCCCAAGUCACCAUGUUAUCAACGACAAUCCACUCAUUGUCAGUGUGCCUUCAAUCUCCUCGGUUGGCAAGGUUCUUGCGAGGAUCAUAUAAUGCUCCAAGGAAGAUGUUCUCGGUCAGAGAGAGCAGCGUCAGGGCACAAUCGCUCUAUUUCAUAUGCAGGGUGGGACACUUACACCCAGCGCCGGCUCAUAUGAAAAUCUCAGAGUGGAGCAGAGGUCGUAGAGCUUGCCUGUCAGCCUCGUCGUAGCAUGUUCCCGUGUACCAAUCCCAGAAGAACUGGCCAUCCAUUUGAUCUUCCCAAAUGUGAUGUUAAGCACGUGCAGGUAAACCAGGGAAUGGAGAGCAGCAGAGUGUCCUGACAGUUGCUUUUUAGGAUCUGCGCUGUCCCUCAUGCUCUGGUCUUCGUCAUAUGACAAUACUGUAGCCAACUUCAUCUGAUUAAUUGUCUGAUGCAGAGUCCUGUACGCUGAUGGAGGGUAUUUGGAAUAAGAGGUAUUUGGAAUCUUAGCCGAAUCUCAGGCAUUCUCACGAAGUUUGCGUUGGUUUCUGGGGUACACACUUGCCGAUUCUCCGGCCCCGUGCAUCAUCCACAAAUCUGUGAUAAGAUGGUCGACGCGCCGCUUUAGUUCUAUGAAAACCUAGUAAGCACAUAUAAACUCUGCAACCUCGAUAAUGAAUCGUGGAACUGAGCAACAUCGGACUUCUAAGCUAAAAAAGAGUCGGCAGAGUGCACGAUUCCGAUGUGCGGGGUAAGGUGGUAUGAAAGUACUGGUACGAAGGUACGGGUUAUUAUGAGCUCCACCUUAAUUCAAUCUACAUAAGGCACGAUCCACCAACUCUAGUUCAUGUAUUCCAUGACAAACUACGAGGCUCGGUCUACUUCUGUAAGGAUGUCGUGAGUUAUUAAAAUACACAGAAAGUGAAAGCGGUCAACGCGGUCAGCAUGGGACAAGAUGCAGCCCUGAAAAAAAAUAAAAAUUUGACGAAAUAUAGAUAUCUCUACCAUCUAUGAGGUCC